AUGGCUGUUGAGCUGUGUCCGUCGGGAGACCUCCUUGUGGCUGCCGUCGUAAGAGGUGAGGUCAAAGCUAUAAAAGAGGAAUUGGAAAAGGGCAGAAGCGUGGACGCCCGUGAUUUGGAAAACGGACGAACCCUGCUGAGCUGGGCCGCUGGCAAUGGCUACGACGAUGCUGUGCAGUUCCUACUCGAUCGGGGAGCCAACACCAAUGCGCCGGAUCUCCGUGGUCGGACGGCACUGCUAUGGGCAGCAGCGAACGGACACGGGAGCAUAGUCCAACAAUUGUUGGCCGCUGGCGCCAAUUUCGAGCGCCGUGAUAUCUCUGGACAAACGCCACUUAUUUUUGCUGCCCAGACUGGUUCUGAUUCUGUCGUUCGACAUGUAUUGGAAGCAGGAGCUAGUACUGAUGUUCAAGAGUGGCGGUACGGCCGGACUGCGUUGUCGUGGGCUGCCGAGAAUGGGAGCGAAAAGACUGUCAAAAAGCUGCUGAACGCCAAGGCGGAGGUCGAUUUGGCAGACAAACUCAAUCGAACCCCCAUGUCUUGGGCUGCCAUGAACGGUCACGCAGGCGUUGUCAAGCUGUUGUUGCAAUGGAAUGCCAGCACGAAGGUGAAGGACAAGGAAUACGAUCGAUCGCCGCUUCUCUGGGCCAUAAAGUGCGAACAGACGUCUGUCAUCCAGAUUCUAAAGGAUAUCUCCGACCCAGAGAUCGGCUACGGCUUGGCUCCACGGCCUAUACCCGCCUCCUCUGAUAGGCUCGAUGCUCUACAGGAAUUGUUUAGAACCAUCAAACCUGACUUCGAUUGGAGGAAAACCCAAGGUGGCGAUCUUUUGAUCUGGGCCAUUCAGAACGAUCGGGAAGAGGACAUCACUUUUCUUAUCGAACAGGGGGCGGACUUGAACGCUCAGAGCGAAGAUGGGUUGCCAAUUCUCUCUCAUGCUAUAAACGCCGGGUUUUUCUCCGUGGUAAAAUUGCUGCUAGAAAGGGAUGUGAGUCCAGACAUAUUGGACGGAUCCGGACGAACUCCUCUCUCAUGGGCUGCAGAAGGGGGCCAUCUCGAAAUCGUCAAGCUGCUUCUGGAGAGACAUGUCGAAAUAAACUUUCGAGAUGAGGAUGAAAUGACGCCCUUACUAUGGGCAGCCUUGGGGGGCCAUGAGCAUGUCGUCGCUGCGCUGCUGGAAGGAGGCGCAGACCCCACCGCUAUGGACAACAACGGCUGCACUCCCAUGUCUUUUGCUAUUGACAAUGGUCCAGCGUCACUGGUGCGUCUUCUUCUGGAAAAAGAAAGCCUGACAGACGAAGGCAUGGAGGAAUCACCGCUUGUGCGAGCUGUGGCGAAUGGCGAUAUAGAUUUGGUGGAGUUGCUACUGCAACAUGGGGCGGAUCCUUACUCUGAUGCAUAUAGCAACGUCAGGCUGCCCCCUCUGGUACUCGCAGCUUCUAAUGGUAGAGAAGAUAUCAUGAGUCUGUUGCUGGAAAGGGAUGCCGCAUCAGCCCAAGUCAAGAAAGAGAAUACUUGGAGGGCAUUGAUAGAGGCUUCUUAUCAAGGCAAGCUUAGCGUGGUCAAGUUGUUGCUGGAGCAGUGCAGCUUUGACGAGGCGGAUUGGACUGACAAAGCGCCACUGGAGUUCGCCCACUUCGGGGGCCAUUAUAAUAUUGCCGCCGUGCUAGAGCCCUACUUCCCUGAUAAGUCUUAA